UCCCCCUUUCCAACAGAAGGCAGCCGGCUCGGCUCUUUGCUUCUUUAUAUAACGCCGCAUCACUCCAUCUGCCCAACUUGGUGCCCUCUCAAGCUCGGCCAGACCACAUCUGUGGAGGAGUCUCCCUCUUGUGCUUCGAAGCUCGCCGAUCGAGUUUUUCGCUGUGGAGCUGUGGGUUUGAAGGAAACCAUCCUCCUUUGUCGUCGACUAGAAGACCGCAGCCGGAUAUGAGGUGAUCAAUUCAGGUGUAUCAUCUAGCUAAAAGGGAGAUCAAACCAGGUAGCAUGAUAUAAGGAUUGAGGACACAAUGGAGCUCUACCCUGGGUACCUGGAAGACCACUUCAACAUCCACAAGCUUAGCGGCACCGGCGGCGCGUCCCCGCCGGAGUACAUGUCGUCGGCGGCGGCGGCGCAGUACGCGCCGGCGCCCCUCCGGAUGGCCAUGUACGAGCGCGCCCCGCCGCCGCAGCAGCACCAGCAGCCCCAGCUGCAGCCGGCGCUGGGCAUGUGGAGCAGCGAGCCCUACAAGGUGGACAGCGGCGGCCAGGCCACCAGCGGGUCCAGCAUCAUGGAGCCCGACGCCAAGUUCGACCACGCAGGGCUGGAUGAGGAUCCACACAUGGACGAACUGGAGACGGCCGAUCAGGGAGCGAGCAAGCCCAAGGAAAAGGUCAUGAGAAGACUUGCACAGAACAGAGAGGCUGCCCGGAAAAGUCGCCUCAGAAAAAAGGCAUACAUCCAGCAGCUGGAGUCGAGCCGGAUAAAGCUGGCGCAGCUGGAGCAGGAGCUGCAGCGCACCAGGCAGCAGCAAGGCAUGUACGGGGGUAACCCGGGAACGAGCCUGCAUCGCGGGGGCUCGGCCGGUCACCUCGGAUUCGCGGCCGCGGGGCAGAUGAUGGACCCCGGCGUAGCGGCGUUCGAGAUCGCGUACGGCCACUGGGUGGACGAUCAGAAGCGGAACACGGAGGAGCUGCGGAGCGCGCUGCAGCCGGGGCAGGGCACGUCGGAGCUGGAGCUGGAGGUGAUGGUGCAGACCGGGCUCGCCAACUACGACAACCUCUUCCGGAUCAAGGGCGCCGCCGCGCAGGCCGACGUCUUCUGCGUCAUGUCGGGGCUCUGGAGGUCCCCCGCCGAGCGCUUCUUCCUCUGGAUCGGCGGCUUCCGGCCCUCCGAGGUCCUCAAGAUCUUGAGCCCGCAGCUGCAGCCGAUGUCGGAGCCGCAGUCGGUGGCGGUGUACGCGCUGCAGCUGACGUCGGCGCAGGCGGAGGACGCGCUGUCGCAGGGCAUGCAGAAGCUGCAGCAGACGCUGGCCGAGUCCCUCACGGACCCCUUCGCCGCUCCCGACGCCUACAUGGUCGGCGCCGUCGAGAAGCUCAAGGGCCUCGUCGGCUUCGUGCAGCAGGCGGACCAUCUCCGGCAGGAGACGCUGCAGAACAUGCACAGGAUCCUGACGACGCGGCAGGCGGCCAAGGGCCUGCUCGUGCUGGGGGACUACUUCCAGCGCCUCCGCGCGCUCAGCACGCUCUGGGCGGCCCGCCCGCGCGAGUCCGCCAUAAGCUAAGCUGUGCUCGAUCACGUAGCAAUGGCGGAAGCAGAGAGAGAUUGAUGAUGGCGCAGAAGAAGUUAGUACGUACGUACGUAGUAAUCCAUCCAUCUGCUGGCCAGCGGAGGACGAAGAGAUCCAUCUCGCUGGGUUGAAGGGAGGAAGAGGUAGGCAUUCAGAGCCGCGCCGUAGGUACGUGCGUGCUUGCUUGUUUUCCAGACGAUGACGGGGUAAUUAAGGUCGAUCAGGUGGCCGGAUCAAGGGAUCGAGGAUGUGUAAAUACAUGUUUUGGUGUGAUGAUGAUGAUGAUGAUGAUGGUGUAGCGAUGAAAUUGCUAUAAGAAAACAAGGAGGAAUUGUAGCGCUUGUGAUCCGGUAUAUAUCAUGUGUAAUUGUUUGCGAUUAGUGUUGAUCGUAUUGUAUAUGGAGGAAAUGUUUUGCUAAAGCACAUUCAGAUUUGCUCCAA